UUAUUGAUGAAUUGAUGAAUUGAUGAAUGCUUCUCCAUUGAGUGAGAGUGUUGGACAACUUUUGUUGAACUUAGGUUUAGAAACAUUGGUUUAAAGGGCGUUCAUCUCCCUCUUAGUCACCAUAGGAAUUAGGUGUUUGAAUUUGUUAUAAUUGAGAGUAUUAGGAUUUGAUAUAUCCUUUUGUUACUUCUUCUUCUUGUGUCUAAUUAUCUUUCUCUUUAUUGAUUAUCUUUACUUGCUUUCGUAGUUCGUUUCUUGUGUCGUAGUUUCUUCUAUAUCAAAUGCCCUCUUAGUUCUCCUCUUUUUCAUCUCCUAAAUUAUUUUGAGAAAAAAAAAGAUCUUUUCUCGCCCUUUGAAUUUGAGUUUCUUUCAUUCAUGAUGGAAAUUGUAGUGGUUUUCGAUUUCAACAAGACGAUCAUUGAUUUGGACAGCGAUAAUUGGGUUGUCGAUGAGUUUGUUGCUACUGAUUUAUUCAAUCAACUUGUCCCUACGAUGUUGUGGAACACUGUUAUGGAUACAAUGAUAAAGGAGAUUCAUGUGCGAGGCAAAACCAUCCACGAUACUGAAGAAGUAAUGAAACGGGCGCAUGUAAUUUCCGGGGUGGUUCCAACAAUCAAAGUAGCUCAUGUUUUAGGGUGUGAUUUGAGGAUAGUGCAAAAUGCAAAUCUCUUCUUCGUCGAGACAAUAUUGAAGCAUUCAGAAAUCAAGGAUUGCUUUUCAAAAAUCAACACAAAUCCGAGCUACAUUGAUGAUGAAGGGAAGCUUAGAAUUCGUCCUUACCACAAUUUUGAUCACAAGUGCAAUAAUCCUUGCCCUCCAAACGUAUGCAAGGUCCUUGUAAUAGAAAGAAUGCAAGCGUCUCUCGCUUUGGAAGGGAAUAAGAAAAGAAUGAUCUAUCUAGGUGACAGAGCAGGGAAUUUUUUUCCUAACUUGAUGCUCAAAGAACAAGAUUUUGUAAUGCCAAGGAAGGAUUUUUCGGUGUGGAAAUUAAUGAACGAAAAUCACCAACUCAUAAAAGCAGAAAUCCACGAGUGGACUGAUGGAGAAGAGUUCGAACAUAUUCUUCUUCAUAUAAUUAAAGCAAUUACUACCAUCGAAGAGAAGCAAAUUUUAUCAAUAGUUGAUUAUUCCAAGUUCCAAAUGAUUCCCAUAGGGUCGGCUGGUAAUGAAAAAAUUCUAGGCAGUUGCCUAAGACCUCCAUUUAUGGAGGGCCCCAUUUUCUACCACUUUUUAUGUUAG